AUGUCUGGCACCAACAAAGAAACCAUCGGUAACGACAACUGCGACCAUGGCCGCGCAUCUCCACUUCCAUGUUCUUUCACUGCUGGUCUCGACCAAAUCCGUCACAUCAUUGAGGAAGCUGUUCGGUCUAAUCUCAGUGACGCUAUUGACAGCGCAAUCGACGCCCGUUUGUCCAUUGGUGAUGGCACGGCGACCACUAUUGGAGCGGCUACUGGUUCUGGCGACGGCGCUACUCCCGCUUCCACCUCCACGACUACGAUGGGACCUGGAGGCACAGGCUCCUACCAAGGUGGAAACCCGCUGGCCGGCGUGACCUGCCCCAACUGUCAGGUUCUAAUCCCUCUCCAGCAGCCACCAGAAGAAAGGUGGUACUGUUCAAUUGUCGGACGCAAGAUUGGUUGCAUAAAAGGGUGGGCCCGAAUCAACGAUCUUACGCGUGGAGUGUCAGGGGAACAGAAGUUCUACUGUACCUCCGAGGAAACGGCCCGUUGCGUGUUCCAUGACAAGCAGCAGGCGGGCCUUACUCGUGUCGUCAAUGACGGGGUGACUGUCAAUUUCACUUACACUGUUGACGACGGCUUUCUCUUUCCAUAG